AACUAAGAGAGACCAUAUUGAAAUCUGUUGUGAGAUUUGGUUAAUACCUUUCAAUGUGGUUUAAAGGUUUUGACUACGACUCCCACAGUGCUUUGCAGGCCCGUUGGCGGAAGUCAAGUGACGUUUCAUUAACUUAUACCAACGUGGCCCGGAUGUCUAGCCCUUCCUUUUGAGAAAAGGUAAGAAUGGUGGCGUUUAUUACAUGAAGUAGUCAGCUGAAAAUCAGCGUCCAUCGGAGUCAGGAAAUCUUCUCCACAAUUAGUACUGCUCCAAAAGAGUAAUAUAGUGUUUCAGCUGCUGAGAUCACCCCCAAUUUGCAGUUGAGGUGGUUUUUGGAUGAUGUUUUUGGUGAUUCUUAUUGCAGACCCGGGGAAACCGGCAGGGCACGAUUCCAUUUUCAGACAAGUAGCGGUGUAAUGGCGGUUUCUAAGUUCUUGUGCCGUGCUAGAAAUUUCUGUGACUAGAAGGGCGAAGGAGUUAACGAUAUGUAAGGGGUGAGGCCGGCUGGAAAGAGUAGAGCAACUAGGAGCUUGGGAGUCUUAAUGCAUGGAAUUUAGCGGUGUGACUGCUUGGUUUGGCAAUGGCGUAAAUAAAUGUCCUUAAUGCUCCUGAUGCGAUGGAAAAGUUAUGAAAAUAUCUAGAUUAGAAAUGCCGAUAGCUUUGUAUCAGCUCUUACAAUUUUCAUGGAAUUGUCGUUUAUCCAACUUUAUUCUUAUUCAGAGUGUUAUCCUAACAAGGUUAAUCCAGUUGGUUGGUCUGAUUUCCCCCCUCCCCCCGAAGUAUACAUUUGAUUUAAUGAACUAUUCCAAGGCAUUUAUGUGCUUUGUUUCAUCCUAGUUUUCAACCUUAAUCAGUAAUUGACAUUGUGAUUUAUUGACAGUAUUGAUCAAAUAUAUUUCCCUUGCAGCUUAUGUCAGUAUUAUCUGUUAAUGUUGUCCCUCACAUUGUCCAGACAUUUAUGUUGAACUUUGAGAUCUAUGCAGCAAGAUGUUUCAGGUGGAUAAAUAUCUCCGUGGUAGAGAUGCUGUGGGAAUUAACUAUUUAAAUACUAAACUGAAAGUGCAAAGCAGUGACAGCCAUUUGUAUUAGAUUAAUUAGAUAUAGUUCUUAGGGCUAAAGGGAUGAAAGGGUAAGGGGAGAAAGUGGGAACAGGAUACUGAGAUGGAUGACCAGCCAUGAUCAUACUGAAUCAAAGGACUGCAUAGCCUACUCCUCUUGUUUUCUAUGUUUCUUAACACUUUAUAACAGAGCUAAAGUUUAAGCAUCCCACAGACCUCCACAAAUGUUCCUUCUAGAAUAAUGUUUGCGUUACCUCAAAUUUUAGAUGGCAGCUUCAUGUCCAAUUGACAAAUGUUAACUGUUUGACUUACAAUUUGGUACUUGGUUGUGUGAUUUUGGUUAAUUAAACCUUGUGUCACUAGCUAUUUUGGUGCAAGUUGCUUUAGUGCAUCAGCAUGGUUUAUUGGGCACACUGGAACUUAAGUUUUUGAAGCUUUAUCUUGCCUGUUUUAUUUGUACUUAUGAGUUAUUGGCCUACAUCACAUUGAAACCAAUACGUGCAAACUUGUUUCUAAAGUGUGACUUUUGGCAGAUGGCAGGAGAGAAGGAACCGAUGACCGGAGAGAAGAAAGAACCAAUGGCGGAAGGGAAAAAGAAAAAACCACGUCACCAUGGUAGCCGCAAUCCUGUGCUGGCUCGGGGUAUCGGUAGAUUUUCCCGCUCUGCCAUGUAUUCUAGGAGAGCCAUGUACAAGCGAAAAUAUAGAGCUCCUGAGACAAAAAUUGAGAAGAAGUUGAAGGAAAAGACUCCCUUUUCAAUUACCAAGCCUGUUGGAGGAGACAAAAAUGGUGGUACCCGUGUUGUCAAAAUUCGCAAAAUGCCACGCUAUUACCCCACUGAAGAUGUCCCUCGCAAAAGGAUUAGUCAUGGUAACAAACCUUUCAGCCAGCACAAAAGGCAUCUUCGUGCAUCCAUCACCCCAGGGACUGUGCUUAUCAUGCUUACCGGUCGCCACAGGUGUAAGCGUGUGAUUUUCCUGAAGCAGCUUGAUAGUGGCCUGUUGCUGGUGACUGGUCCUCUGGCCCUCAACCGUGUCCCACUGCGUAGGGUUCACCAGAAAUUUGUCAUUGCAACAUCGACAAAGAUUGACCUGUCGGGUGUAAAAAUUCCCAAACACCUGACUGACUCCUACUUCAAGAAGAAGAGACUGCGCAGGCCCAAACACCAGGAGGGCGAGAUCUUUGAUACCGAGAAAGAGAAAUAUCAACUAACAGAACAGCGGAAGAAAGACCAGAAGACUGUUGAUUCCCAAAUCCUGCCCAUUGUUAAAAAGACUCCCCAGCUCCAUGGCUACCUCCACUCCAUGUUCUAUCUGUCUAAGGGAGUUUACCCACAUAAAUUAGUCUUUUGAGCAUGUUGUGAAGAGAGAUUCUUAUUAAAAUUGGGAUUUCAGCAUCACUGGUUCCUGUUUUUGUGUAUGAAAUGCAACAAUAAAAGUGUUCUUGAAUUUUUGCAGACUGA